CGAAACCAUGUGACGGCGAAGUGUUUAAGUGUCGCAAUUCAUGAAAUACCAGGACUAGCGCUUUUUCUCCUUUCCCUAUUUACCUCAAAUCAUGCCCACCAUUGUUACUACCACCGUUGCUCAGGCUGCCAGUUUGCCAACUCCUAUUUCGUCUGGUUGCAAUUCACCUGUGCCGAAAUACCAGAAAAUGGUGACUGGUUAUGACUUUCCCAUUAAUGAACCCCCUGUAGGUAGACCUGUGCGAGUGUAUUGUGAUGGUAUUUAUGACAUGUUCCAUUUUGGCCAUGCAAAAGCGCUGGAACAAGCUAAACGGGCAUUUAACGAUGUCUACCUACUUGUGGGCGUGUGUAACGAUGAAGUAACGCACAGACGUAAGGGCAAGACGGUCAUGACUGAUGCGGAACGUUAUGAAGCCGUUCGGCAUUGCAAGUGGGUGGACGAGGUGAUUGAGAAUGCACCAUGGGUUGUAACGCAGGAGUUCCUGGACAAGCAUCAAAUUGACUAUGUAGCUCAUGAUGCUGAACCGUACAAAUCCGCCGAAUCGGGCGAUGUGUACAGCUUUGUCAAAGCUCAGGGCAAAUUUUUGCCGACCCAGCGGACCGACGGAGUGUCAACUUCGGAUCUCAUAACACGCAUCGUUCGCAACUACAAUGUCUAUCUUCGUCGUAAUCUCGAACGAGGGGUUAGCGCGGAAGAGCUUAAUAUUUCCUAUUUCAAGGAACAACAAGUGUGGAUGACAAAAUCUAUUGAAUCUUGGCAAACAGUGGUCAAAGAUCAAUUAGAGUCUUGGGAAAACAGAGCCAUCAAUUUUAUCCGGGAUCGUGCCAAUUUUUUGGGGUCACAAUUCGUCAUGGAUUAUUUCUUGGGACAUCGUGGGCGGCUAAACGAAGCGGGCAGAGGUACGUUUUCAUCAGAUUGCCCUACCCCUAUCACUACUCCUACCACUACCACUCCCACCGCCAACAUCAACACCACCACAUCCCAAACCUCCUAGUCCACUUGUCCAUUUCUUCCUUUACAUUUUCGAUAUACUCGUCGAACGAUCCGCAUUUUAGAUGUUUCCUUCGCAUUUAGUCCUUUCGUUUGUGGCAUACUUCAUAGAAAAGAAAAGUAAACCAUCUAUAGCUUUAAAGAUAAAGUAGUACAAAAAUAUAGAUCGAUCUCUAUCUCAAUUGACGGGAAUGAUUACAA